AUGAAUGUUUGGACUGAACAUCGAAAUCCAGAGGGACGCACAUAUUGGUUCAAUACUGGGACACGACAAAGCGUCUGGGAGAAACCCGAUGACCUCAAAACACCCUUCGAGCGAGCCCUCAGUAGUACAAAAUGGAAAGAAUAUUUCUCCGGUGGUCGCAAAUAUUACUAUAAUACCGAGACGAAGGAAUCCAAAUGGGAUAUGCCCGAUGAACUUCUUCUAGUCCUUGAAAAGGUGGAAAAGGAACCUCAGACAGCAGCAGUAGCAAAGCCUCUUGCGGUGGCAGCACCGGGUUUUACUCCAGUGACAGGAGCAGCACAAGGUGGAUUAGUCCCAAUGGGUGGUGCCGAUCCGUCCUCAUCCACCCCUGCUUCUCAAUCUAGCCAGACGAAUGGAUCUCUUACUGUCGGAGCGCACACUGGCGCGCUCCCUUUGGCGCCCAGCAGUGUCCUGCCCGUCCGACCAAAUUUACCAGACGAUCCUGUCAUCCCGCAUAACGGGUUCCUGACAGUGGAAGAAGGAGAAAAAGCUUUUAUACAUUUGUUGAGGAAAGCAGGAGUGGAUGCAAAUUGGACUUGGGACCAGACGAUGCGUGCCAUUAUCACUGAUCCGUUGUAUAAAGCUCUCAAUACUCUUGCCGAAAAGAAAGCCUGUUGGGAGAAGUAUACCAACGGGCUGAAAGUGAAGGAACAAGAGGAAAGGGAGGCCAGGCUAUCGAAGCUUCGUCCUGCUAUCCGAAAUAUGCUGAAAGGGAACCCCAAUGUGUUCCAUUAUACCACGUUUCCCACUGCAGACAAACUUUUCUCUCAGCACCCUAUUUGGCAACAAGCUAAGAUUGAAUCUGAGCGCCGACUCAUUUUCGAGGAGUACGUUAAUGAACUCAGAGAAAGAGAAGUGAGUGAAACCCGUGCUGCUCGCGCCAGAAGUAUAUCCAAAGUUGUAGCUCUCUUCAAAGACCUCAAUGUUGACGUUGUAACGAAAUGGAGGGAUGCCCACGAACUUCUUGUUCGUUCAGAGGAAUGGCAUUCGGAUGCGGAAUUGCGCAAGUUACCUACUCUCGAUAUUUUGCUUGCAUUUGAAGACUACAGCAGAGUGCGUGAGAGGGAGUAUGAGGAACAGACGAGACGCGCACAGGUAGAGAAGACACGACGAGAGCGCAAAGCCCGAGAGGCGUUCAAGAGCCUUUUGCAUGAGCUCAUCGAAUCUGGUGCUCUGAAGGCUCGCACCAAGUGGAAAGAAGUUUAUCCUCUCUUCCGCGAUGAUAAUCGCUACCUCGAUAUGCUCGGAAACCCGGGUUCCAACCCGCUGGAACUCUUCUGGGAUGCAGUCGAUGUGUUGGAUCAACAGCUUGACACUAAGGUCGUCAUUGUCGAGGAAGCCAUUAGGCGACACAACGCGAAGCUUGCCGAGGGCACAGAGCGAGGAAAUGACAACAUGGACGUUGACGAUAAGCCAUUUGUUGUCACACCCGAAACUACUUGGGGACAGUUCUCUCUUAUUAUCAACGGAGAGGCUGAUGCAUCAUUAAAUGCUUUAUCGGACGAAGAGCUUCGUCUGGUGUACAAAACGCUCCACGACGUCGCACUUAAGAAACAGGCGGAUGAGAAAAGGAGAUAUGAACGCAGGCAGCGUCAUCUGCAAGAUGAUUUACGUUACGCCAUGAAGAAGCUCCCCGAACCUCUCGAUAUCAGCCUAAAAUACGAGGAUAUCGUCCCACUCAUUGAAAAUCUUCCCGAAUACAAAGCUUUGGAAGACGAAGAAGGCAGACGGGCCGCAUUCGCCAAAUACGUCAAAAGGCAAAAGGAAAGAAUGCGGGAGACGGGAUCGGACGAUGGAGGCUCGACCACCAGCAGAAAACGCAAGGAACCCCUGCGCGACCGUGAUGACGACCAUAGGGACAAAGACAGGGACCGCGAAAGAGAGAAAGAGCGUGAACGUGAACGCGGAGGUGAUAGAGACAAACGCGACAGAGACUCGCACCGUGACAGAGAAAAGGAGCGCGACCGGGCGAAGGACUAUGAUCGCAGCAGGAGCUCUCGUCAUCAUCAUAGGUACGAUGAUUAUGAUGAUCGUCGUUCCCGAGAUUAUGGGCGGGGUGACAGAGAAAAAGAAAGUGAACGGGACAAGGAACGUGAUGGAUACAAGAUAUCGAAAUACCAUCGUGAUGGGGAUGACCGCAAGAAGGAUAAGGACAGCAAGGAGUCAAGGUCGCGUGCUGAACGUGGUUCCAGCGUUGGCCGAGACUGGGACCAGACUCCAAAGCGGGAGAGAAGCGACUCGGUUUACAAAGACGAUAGCCAGAAACGCGACUUACCAGAGGACAAGAACGAUCGUGCUGACAAGCGACCUCGCCUCGACCGUGGUGAAGAAGUGGAAAUUGAGAAAAGGCAGGAUUCGGUUCGUGCAGAGACACCAGAAGAAGGGGAGAUAUAA